UCGUCCACUAGGGGUGCGUGGAUGAGUGGCGCCGAGAAAACCUUGCUGUAAUCUUUCACACAAUGGAGGAGCAGAGAGAUCAAGUUUUAGCUGAUUUUCAGUCAUGUACAGGCAUGGAAGAUGUUGGCGAGUGCUUCAUGUACCUGGAACAAGCCAACUGGAACUUGCUGGAUGCCAUCCACCGAGCCUUGCCAGAAGAAACACAAUCUCUGCCCUCCGAGCAGAUCCCAGUUCCUUCGGGACCCUCAAACAGCAUGCCACGUCUCCUCUCGGUCAACGUCCGUUACCACGACAAUACAGCCCAGCUCAUGCUCCCGGAUAGUGUAACAGUCGGCGAAGUAAAGUCUGCGAUCCAGGGCGAGCUGGGAGUGGCCCCCUGCAGGCAAGUGCUGCGUGGCUGGCGCAGGAAUAACGUCGCGGAUGAGACGGUUAUCUCGACCCUGGAGCUGCCCGCCGAUCACACCCUGCAGCUGAGCACAACCGAAGAGGAAAUACAACCCCCAGUUGAGGAAGAUAGCAUCAAGCUCAACAUCACAGACAAGACGGCAAACAAGUCCUACUCUAUCAAUUUCCCAGCCUCCAGAACGCUUCUUCAGAUAAAACAGGAUGUCUGUGACCUAACCUCCAUCCCAGUGAGCCAGCAAAGGUGGACCGGGUGGCCUGCUCACAGGGAUUCGGCUUCCUUGAGGACAGUGAGCCAAGGACAGAGUGAGCUAGACCUGUGUGUGUGCAGAGAUUCUACACCUAAAAAAAAGCAUCCUGUGGUUGAUUUGGUGUCCAGUGAUAGCAGCCCAGAAGAGGAAGAGUUUGAAGAUGCCAGUGAGUGCCUCUUCCAGGGCCGAACACACAGACCACUCAUGGCAGAAGGAACACAAGAUGAGCGCGCGGCCAUCACACAGUUCACGGAAGAGUUUAAGAAUAGGUAUGGUGCGUGCCAUCCAGUAUUCAUGGAAGGAACCCUGUCGGAAGCACUGGAAGCUUCGUGCCAGAGAUCGUGCAGAGAGCGGAGACCCCUCGCCGUGUACCUGCACCAUGACGGCAGCGUACUCACCAAUGUCUUCUGUACUCAGCUUCUCUGUUCAGAGGCCAUAGUCACUUACCUCACACUCAACUUUAUCACGUGGGCCUGGGACCUCACCCUCGAUUCUAAUAGAGAUAGGUUCCUAACGUCCGUGACGAGUUCACUGGGCCCCGCCGCAUGCUUGGCCAUCCGCAACGUUGCUGUGGACCACCUUCCCGCCCUCCUCGUCAUCACCAGAGUCCGGGCAGCAACGGAAGUGCUCACCGUCAUUCCAGGGAACGUGUCGCUGGACGAGCUGAUGACACGUUUGGUGCACGCGGUCGAAGUGUUCAACAGCGAAUUGAGCACAGAGAUGAGAGAAGAAGAGGAGAGGGAAGCUCGCGAGACCGUGAAGAAGGAACAGGACAUGGCAUACCAGGCCUCCCUGAUGGCCGACCAGGCAAAGGAAGAAGCUCGCAAACAGGAAGAGAUGGAGGUGAAACGGCAGAGGGAAAUGCUCUUUGAGGAACAACAGAGGAAAGAGGCUAUUCAGCAGUCGCUAGCGGAGCAGCUGCCGCCCGAACCUUCAGAGGGGAGCCUCGAGGCCGUGAGCACCAUCCGCGUGCGGCUCCCCACGGGGGAGACGGUCAGCCGCCGUUUCCUGGCCUCUUCCCCUUUGAGCACACUCAUAACUUUUGUGGGCUCCAGGGGCUAUCCUCCCCACGAAUACAAAGUGCUGGCCAGUUGGCCCAGGAGAGAUCUGUCAACCAUGGAUCCAUCUCAAAGCCUGCAGCAGCUGCAGCUCUACCCAAAGGAAACCAUAACGCUGGAAGAACGAUGAGGCAAAUAAAAUGGUGUUGCUUUUUA